ACGUGCCCCUCGGAAGAGGUGCCGACAUGCCCAGCAUCCCAUGUCAGUGAGCUGUGCUAGGCUGUGCCCCAGUUCAGCAGUGAGGGACUUGGGCGGGUUUUACACUCGCAGGAGGAGGUGUGUUACACUCCCAAUGCCCCCACAUUCCUGGCAGCCCCCAGAUGUUGCUAGGAAAGAAGGAGGUUUAGUGGGGAAGAAAUGCCACCCAAAGGUUGAAGGAAGCUAAAGUAGAAUUGGACUAGAGAAAACGAUAUCCGAGGACAGGACUUAUUGGUCCAAUGUCUGACCAUUCGGAUGUGAGCCUCCCACCCCAAGACCGGGUGAGGAUUCUGUCCCAACUUGGGAGCGCAGUUGAAUUAAAUGAAGACAUUCCGCCCCGUCGCUACUUUCGUUCUGGUGUUGAGAUUAUCCGAAUGGCAUCUGUUUACUCUGAAGAAGGCAACAUUGAACAUGCCUUUAUCCUCUACAACAAGUACAUCACGCUGUUCAUUGAAAAACUUCCAAAACACCGAGACUACAAAUCAGCCAUCAUUCCUGAGAAGAAAGAUGCGGUCAAGAAAUUAAAGAAUGUUGCUUUCCCUAAAGCAGAAGAACUUAAGACUGAACUCUUGAAAAGAUAUACCAAAGAAUAUGAGCAGUAUAAAGAACAAAAGAAAAAGGAAGAGGAAGAACUUGCCCGGAACAUCGCCAUCCAGCAAGAGUUGGAAAAAGAAAAACAGAGAGUUGCCCAGCAGAAGCAGAAGCAGCUAGAGCAGGAGCAGUUCCAUGCCUUUGAGGAGAUGAUCCAGAAGCAGGAGCUGGAAAAAGAGCGGCUAAAAAUUGUCCAAGAGUUCAGGAAGGUGGACCCUGGCCCAUGUGGGCCUCUGCUACCUGAUCUGGAAAAGCCUUGUGUAGACACUGUCCCCACCUCACCCAUGCAGACUGCAGACCGUAACAGAACCGUGAGGCCAGCUAAGCCACCUGUGGUAGACAGAUCCUUGAAACCUGGAGCACUAAGCAUCAUAGAAAAUGUUCCCACCAUUGAAGGCUUACGCCACAUUGUAGUGCCCCGCAAUUUGUGCUCGGAAUUUCUCCAGCUUGCCAGUGCCAAUACUGCCAAAGGCAUCGAAACUUGUGGAGUCCUCUGUGGGAAACUGAUGAGAAAUGAAUUCACAAUCACGCAUGUUCUCAUCCCCAGACAAAAUGGGGGGCCUGAUUAUUGUCAUACAGAGAAUGAAGAAGAAAUUUUCUUUAUGCAGGAUGAUCUUGGACUACUCACUCUUGGCUGGAUCCAUACUCACCCAACUCAAACGGCCUUUCUGUCCAGUGUGGAUCUGCACACUCACUGCUCCUAUCAAAUGAUGUUACCAGAGUCCAUAGCAAUUGUCUGCUCCCCCAAGUUCCAGGAAACUGGAUUCUUUAAGUUAACUGACUAUGGCCUUCAAGAGAUUUCAACCUGCCGACAGAAAGGCUUUCACCCUCACGGCAGAGACCCCCCUCUGUUCUGCGACUGCAGUCAUGUAACUGUCAAGGACAGGAUUGUGACCAUCACAGACCUUCGGUAAAUCUCAAUCACAAUCCAAGGAGAUGGCGCAUUGGGUAAAGGCACUUGCCUCCAAGCCCAACCGCCCAAGUUCAAUUCCUGGGACCCACAUGAUGGAAGGAGAGCAUCAACUGACCCCAAGUUGUCCUCUGACCUCCACUUGUGCACUGUGGUAUGUGCGCUCACACGUGCGCGCGCGCGCACACACACACACACACACACACACACACACACACACACACAUCAAACAAACAAAUAAAUGUAAUUUACAAAAGGAGUCUUACCCUCCUCCUGAGUUAAACACUUUGAUCAAUUUACUAUCCCCCCCCCCACACACACACACACAUGGAAUUAGGCUUUUAAGACAGAAUAGGGAAGGGUCAAUACUAAUGGGAGACUGUUGGUCUUUUUAAUUUAUUAUUUAAAAACAAGUCAUUUUAUUUUUUUAAGGCAAAUCUGAAAGUGAGCAAAUCACACCAAGCAACUAACUCAAAAAUUAGGGUGCAAGAGAAAGCACAUCUCUAAGCGCUUUAUAUCCGACCACGGCCUUUGGCCUUUUGUCCCUCUUGUGACUUGCCUACCAACUUGUUCAUCUCUGCCUUUGGAUGGAAUAAGGGCAUCUUGCAAAACUGUGAAAGCCAUUUUGAAGAAUUUGGCUUUUUCUUGUUUGCAGCAUUACUAAGGGAGCUUAUCACUCUGGUGGGAAGUGAGGAGCUCACAGCCCCCCAUAAGUUGAUUUUGUUUAAAAAAAAAAAAGAAGUGUAUUAUUUAAAAGGUUAGGAUGUUAUUUUCUUCUGUAAUAAAACAGCUCACCGUGUUGUGCUCUAGAGUGAUCUGUCUGAUCGUGGGCAUCACGUAAACAUUUUAAAUGGAAACUCUGAAGUCAAAUGGA